AUGUCGCCGUCGUACGAAUCGGAAUAUCACGACAAGCAAGUCGGCUUCACUGACGAAAGUGGUGACGAUGCCUCCUUGUCGGAAAUCACCGGCCCAGCUAUUCGCAUGUCAAGAUGGGAACGAUUGAAGAAUCUUCUACUGUACGCGACCUACAGUGUCUUUCUGCUUUCAUAUAUGCUGCUUUUUCUUGCCUACACCAAGUCUGUAAACAGCAGAGUUGCCGUAGACCCGUCCCGAAUGGGCCUUGAAGGGAUCUACGGCGAUGCUCCUUUGGGGUCUCACAGGCAGAUACUGAAGAAGGCCGGUUUUCACGACGGCCCGCCGAAUGCCUACGAAGGACGGCCGACAGCCGAGAAUGACGCUGCCUGGGCAGACCUUAUGAGCGUUGGAAUGAUAUCCAUCUCAGAGGCAGAAAAUGCGAGGCUCCCGAUGGGUGGCUCCGCUCAAGUACGCGAUGCGAACGGCUUGGUUCCCGACAAGUAUCUCGUUCAGACGUCUGUCUCCCAUCAGCUACACUGCUUGAAACGUCUUCGCGAGCUCAUAUGGGACAGCGAGAAGGGACUGGCGGAGCACUGGCAGUACGGACACGGGUCCCACUGCAUUGACUACCUGAGACAGUCCCUUAUGUGCCAUGGGGAUCUGACUCCCAUCUACAUGAUGUGGUCGGAGGAACACGGGUCCUUCAUGGGGGUCCAGGAGAACAUUAUGCAGUGUCGCUCGUGGGAAGCCAUCGUGGAGUGGUCAGCUGCGAGGAACGAUACAGGAAUGCGGGUCGACGGAAACCAUGGCAAGAAUACAAAGACUCAUGGUUUCGUUGAAGGAGAUUGA